CUCACCAAGUACGAGUCUCCAGCUAGCCUGUGCCUUUUGGCUAUUCAGAUUGCUGAUCUUAGCCCGCGCGUCAAUGGCUUCCUCCGCCGCUUUCGCCAUUCUCCUCGUCGUCGCCGUCGCCGUGCAGUCCGCUCGUGGUGGUCAGCUGGCGUGCGAGGAGCUGCCGCCGGACGUGUGCGCGUUCGCGGUGUCGUCGGCCGGGAGGCGGUGCGUGCUGGAGCGCACGCCCGAGGGCGCGCACCGGUGCCAGACGUCGGCGGUGAGCGGCGCGCGAGGACUGGCCGGGUGGGUCGAGACCGACGCCUGCGUGCGCGCCUGCGGGGUCGACCGCGCCGCGCUGGGCCUCCCCGUCGCCAGCGCCGCGGCCGAGGACCGCCGCUCCAUCCGGGCGCUCUGCUCAUCCGCGUGCCGGGACGGGUGCCCCAACGUCGUCCACCUCUACGCCACCGUCGCCGCCGCUGAAGGUAUGUCUCUGCCGGCGCUGUGCGAGGCGCAGAACAAGGUUGGGAACCGACGCAUGAUGAUUGGGAUGGCGCCGGUCGGCGCUCCGGUCGCUGCUCCGGUGGUUGCUGCACCAGCUCCAUGUGAAGAAUGAUGUACUCACGAUUUUUUUUUCUGCAGCUUGAAUAAUUGUUGUACACAGUGUUAUUAGGGAAUUAGGGAUACCCUUGCAGUGCCAUACGUGUGUAUACAUCCGAGAUAGUUUGCAUAGUUUGUAUGAAAUAAAAAUAUACGA